AUGAAAUAUUCAAUUACCAAUGCAUGUAAGUCGAUCAACCGUUUCCCAUCAACCAGUAUUACACGUGAUCAUACCUAUUGCUUGAAAAAUGAUCUUAAAAUUGUUACGCCUAAACGUCGAAGACUAUCAUCAGCAUCUUCGAAUUUUACUAAUAGUCAAUUCAUCUUUCAAUCACCAUGUGCUCAUUCUUCUCCAAAAUCCGACAGGACAAUAAAUACUCUUACACCAUUACGUUUUAUGGAUGCUAGUCGUAAAGCAUUAUUUCAAUCUCCACAUGUUCCGACUGUUGAACCAACAAUGGCAACAACAACAACAAAUAAUAAUGCAAUGAUAUUAAAUACAAUUGAAUUAGAAAAUGCAACACAAUUUUAUCGUUCAGAAACCGAAAAAGAACUACAUUCUCAACAUUUACAAAAAAUACGAGAAAAUAUUCAAUCAUUAACAGCUGAUGCAUGGCUUUAUCAAGAUCCAGAUAAAUUAAUUGGUUUUCAACGUGUAACAACUCAUUAA